AUGAAACAAGUGAGUGGGCAUCUUUCUUUGUAUGAUUGGCAUGGCGAUCACACUUGUAGGCUGUUAAAGCUAAAGACUCUUGUCGAAGAGAGUGUUAUCGAUCAAGGAGUGUUCCUCGGACUCCUUAUAGGUUUACAUAUGGAUAAGAAAUCUCAUGGCUCAUCCUUUGUCACGGCAUCGUCCUUUGGGCUCAAUUACAUUCGAACACGAUCCAUUCCGUCUCCACUUAGGUUCUCGUCAUUGGCCAAUGAGUCUUCUUUAAAUCUUCACAAUGAUUCGUAUAAAGCGAAGUGCACCAUCGAGCAGACUUCCAAACUCACCUUAACGGUACAAGAGAAAAAUAUUCAUUGGAGUCCUUCAAAAUCACCAAAAAGUCCACCGCAACAGAAUGCACGGUUAGAGGGUAAUUGCUCGAACUUUUCCAAGGAAAUACAGUCACCACGUUUCAAAGCAUUACUGCGUGUUACAAGUGGCCGUAAGAAGCGAACACCGGAUAUCAAGAGUUUCUCUCACGAACUUAAUUCCAAAGGAGUUCGACCUUUCCCUCUUUUUAAGCCUCGCGCUCUUGGACAUAUGGAGGAGAUUAUAGUGGCGAUCAGGACAAAGUUCGAUAAGUUGAAGGAAGAAGUUAACUCUGAUUUAGGUGCAUUUGCUGGUGAUUUGGUUGGUAUCCUUACAAGUUCAGAGUUUCCCCCUGAAAUGAGAGAGAGUUUGGAGGAUUUAUUAGUGGUUGCCCGGUCAUGCUCAAAGAUGUCCUAUGAUGAAUUUUGGGUAAAAUGUGAAGGCAUUGUUCAGAAGUUGGAUGACCGACGUCAAGAACUACCCAUGGGAAUCCUUAAACAAGCACAUACUCGCAUUCUCUUUAUCCUCACUCGGUGUACAAGGCUUGUGCAGUUCCAAAAGGAAAGUGGUUAUGAGAAAGAUCGCAUAAUGGGCCUUCACCAACUUAGUGAUCUUGGGGUCUAUCCAGAACAAUUGUUGGAAACUAUUCAACAUGACGUUUCUGGCCCUUUGAGUGAGAAGGGUGUGAAUGAUAAAAAGACGAAGAAGUCCCAUGGUAAGGGAAAAGGUGGUAGAGCUCAUGAAAAUGCCAAAAGGGCCUAUAGGAUGUCUUCAUGGAGGAAACUUCCGUCUCCUGCCAAGAAAAAUAAUAAAGGAGCAUUUGCUGUUCUAGUGUCAGAGGGUAAAUCAGAAGAUUCUUUGCAUGCCAAAGAUGGGAUGAAAACUUGUGGCGACUACAAUGUUGGUUCUCUUGACACUUCGUCAUGCCAUCCUGAUCAUACACAAGAAGUUGCAGGGUUAUCUUGGGGGUUUUGUGGGGAUCAUCUGCAAUAUGUUACUGAUGAGCAUCUGAUGAUUUGUCGAAUUUGCGAAGUUGAAAUACCAACUGCACAUGUGGAGGAGCACUCUCGAAUUUGCACCAUUGCUGACAGGUGUGAUUUGAAAGGUUUAAGGGUAAACGAACGACUUGAGAGGGUUGCUGAAACUCUUGAAAAGAUAAUUGAGUCCUCCACACCAAAAAGCACUCUGAAAAGUACUAAUACUCCAGAAGAGAAUUUUGAUGCUGCAAGAUUAUCAAACUCAAGUACACAUGAAGAAACGGAGGAAAUGUCACCAAAGCAAAACAACUUGUCUUGUAAAUGCUCUGAAGAUAUGAUUGAUUGUGUUCCUGAUGCCUCAGCAGGAGGAAGCUUGACCCCACGAUCUCCACUGUUAACUCCACGAACCAGCCAAAUUGAAUUGCUUUUGAAUGGAAGGAAAACAAUGUCAGAGCUUGAGAACCAUCAUCAGAUACUCAAGCUACUUGAUGUUGCUCGUUCUGUUGCAAAUAUAAACAAUUGUAACUAUACCUCAUUGCAAUACAUGCUUGAACGGCUGGAUUACCUAAAAUAUGUCAUCCAAGAUAGGAAGAUGGACGCUCUCAUCAUAGAGACUUUUGGAAGACGUAUUGAGAAAUUAUUACAGGAGAAGUAUGUACACCUUUGUGGGCAAAUAGAUGAUGAAAAAGUAGAUUCAUCAAAUAUGGCUGAUGAUGAGAGUUCAGUAGAAGAAGAUACAAUCCGCAGUCUGCGUACCAGCCCUAUCAAGGCGUGCUCCAACGACCGAACAUCUAUUGAAGAUUUCGAGAUAAUAAAACCAAUAAGCAGGGGUGCAUUUGGACGAGUGUUCCUUGCCAGAAAAAGAGCGACUGGAGACUUAUUUGCUAUAAAGGUGCUAAAGAAGGCUGAUAUGAUUCGUAAAAAUUCAGUUGAAAGCAUUUUAGCAGAGCGUAACAUCCUUAUCUCUGUUCGCAACCCUUUUGUGGUCCGCUUUUUCUACUCAUUCACAUGCAGAGAAAAUCUUUAUUUGGUUAUGGAGUACUUAAAUGGAGGAGAUCUUUACUCUUUGUUAAGAAAUCUAGGAUGUUUAGAUGAAGAUAUGGCCCGUGUAUAUAUUGCAGAAGUUGUUCUUGCUUUGGAGUAUAUGCAUUCUUUAAAUGUCAUUCACAGAGAUUUAAAGCCAGAUAACUUACUAAUAGGUCAAGAUGGUCACAUCAAGCUAACAGAUUUUGGGCUCUCCAAGGUUGGACUAAUUACUAGUACAGAUGACUUGUCAUCCCCCUCGGUGACUCAUACUGGUUUUCUCGGAGACAACGAAGAAAAGACUCAACAUUCAUCGAAGAGAGAAGAGCGCCAAAAGCAUUCGGUUGUUGGAACUCCAGAUUAUUUGGCACCAGAGAUACUUCUUGGCAUGGGACACGGUGCAACCGCUGAUUGGUGGUCUGUUGGCGUUAUUCUUUUUGAGUUGCUUGUCGGUAUCCCACCAUUCAACGCAGAUCAUCCACAGCGAAUUUUUGACAAUAUAAUAAACAGAGAUAUACCCUGGCCCAAAAUACCUGAGGAGAUGAGUAAUGAUGCUUAUGAUAUAAUUGACAAAUUGCUUGCUGAAAAUCCAUUUCAGAGACUAGGAGCAACGGGUGCGGCAGAAGUGAAGAAGCAUCCAUUCUUCAAGGAUAUUAACUGGGAUACCCUUGCGAGACAAAAGGCUAUGUUUAUACCGUCAACGGAUGCACGUGACACAAGUUAUUUCAUGAGCCGAUACAUAUGGAAUCCAGAAGAUGACCAUGUUAAUGGAGACAGUGAUUUUGACGAUAUGACCGACACAUGCAGCAGUGGCUCGUAUACAUGCAGCAAUGUGCAAAGUGAAGAUGGAGAUGAAUGCGGCAGUUUGGCUGAAUUUAGUUCUCCUGCCCUUGCCGUGCAGUACUCGUUUAGCAAUUUCUCGUUCAAGAAUUUGUCUCAACUUGCUUCCAUCAACUAUGAUCUGGUUGUGAAAAGCUUAUUGGAAUCAUCGGAUGACUCUAAAUCAUCCCUAAUUCCCAAAUAA